ACGGGAGGGGACUCUAGUGGGCGAUUCGAGGGACGCUGCAGCCCCGCCUCCGCCCCCUCCCCUCCUCCCCUUCAGAACCGGAGGAGCGGGGGAGCAUGGACCAAACCCUGCUGCUCUGGCACCAUGACGCUCGCCCGCUUCGUGGUAGCUCUGGUUUUAGGGGCGCUCCCCGAAGUGGUCGGCUUUGAUCUAGUCCUCAGGUAUCCCCUCCACCACCGUUAUCGCCAUUCGCUCCCUCCGGGUCCCCCGCACCCUUACUACCUUCCCACCCAGCAGCGGCAACAGAGGACGCCUCCGUCGCCCUCUCUCCCGCGCGUCCCGCGCGUCCCGCGCCCCCCGCCCGCGCUCCAUGCCCAGCGCCUGCACGCCCUCCAUGCCGGGCGCACGCCCGGGCCGCACCCCGGGGACUGCCCGGCCGGCGAACCCUGGGUCAACGUGACGGACUUCGGCGCCCCGUGUCUGCUCUGGGCAGAGGUGCCACCCUUCCUCGAACGGUCGCCCCCGGCGAGCUGGGCUCAGCUGCGAGGGCAGCGCCACAACUUCUGCCGGAGCCCGGACGGCGCGGGCAGACCCUGGUGCUUCUAUGGGAACGCCCACGGCAAGGUGGACUGGGGCUACUGCGACUGCAGACACGGGUCAGUACGACUUCGAGGUGGCAAAAAUGAGUUUGAAGGCACAGUGGAAAUCUAUGCGAAUGGAGUUUGGGGCACAGUGUGUAGCAGCCACUGGGAUGAUUCUGAUGCAUCAGUCAUUUGUCACCAGCUGCAGCAGGGAGGAAAAGGAGUAGCAAAACAAACCCCGUUUUCUGGACUGGGCCUUAUUCCCAUUUAUUGGAGCAAUGUCCGUUGCCGAGGAGAUGAAGAAAAUAUACUGCUUUGUGAAAAAGACAUCUGGCAGGGUGGGGUGUGUCCUCAGAAGAUGGCAGCUGCUGUCACAUGUAGCUUUUCCCAUGGCCCAGCGUUUCCCGUCAUACGCCUCGUGGGUGGGAGCAGCGCCCGGGAAGGCCGAGUGGAGCUCUACCAUGCUGGUCAGUGGGGGACUGUCUGUGAUGACCAGUGGGAUGAAGCAGAUGCAGAAGUGAUCUGCAGGCAGCUGGGCCUGAGUGGCAUUGCCAAAGCAUGGAACCAGGCAUAUUUUGGGGAAGGCUCUGGUCCAAUAAUGUUGGAUGAGGUACGCUGUACUGGGAAUGAGCUUUCUAUUGAACAAUGUCCAAAGAGUUCCUGGGGAGAGCAUAACUGUGACCAUAAAGAAGAUGCUGGAGUGUCCUGUACCCCUCUGACAGAUGGGGUCAUCAGACUUGGAGGUGGUAAAGGCAGCCAUGAGGGUCGCCUGGAGGUGUAUUACAGGGGACGGUGGGGGACUGUCUGCGAUGAUGGUUGGACUGAGCUGAAUACAUAUGUGGUUUGCCGACAACUGGGAUUUAAAUAUGGCAAACAAGCCUCUGCAAACCACUUUGAAGAAAGCACAGGGCCCAUAUGGUUGGAUGAUGUCAGCUGCUCCGGAAAGGAAACAAGUUUCACUCAGUGUUCCCGGAGGCAGUGGGGAAAGCAUGACUGCAGCCAUCGGGAAGAUGUUGGUAUCACCUGCUACCCUGGGGGCAAUGGACACAGACUAUCACUGGGUUUUCCUAUCAGACUGAUGGAUGGAGAAAAUAAGAAAGAAGGACGAGUGGAGGUUUUCAUCAAUGGCCAGUGGGGAACAAUUUGUGAUGAUGGGUGGACUGAUAAGGACGCAACUGUGAUUUGUCGCCAGCUUGGCUACAAGGGCCCUGCCAGAGCAAGAACCAUGGCUUACUUUGGGGAAGGGAAAGGCCCCAUCCAUGUGGAUAAUGUGAAGUGCACAGGAAAUGAGCGGUCCCUAGCUGACUGUAUCAAACAAGAUAUUGGAAGACAUAACUGCCGCCACAGUGAAGAUGCAGGAGUCAUUUGUGAUUAUUUUGGCAAGAAGGCAACAGGUAACAGUAAUAAAGAAUCCCUCUCAUCUGUUUGUGGUUUGAGAUUACUGCACCGUCGGCAGAAGCGGAUCAUUGGUGGGAAAAAUUCUUUAAGGGGUGGUUGGCCUUGGCAAGUGUCCCUCCGGCUUAAGUCAUCCCAUGGAGAUGGCAGGCUCCUUUGUGGGGCCACGCUCUUGAGUAGCUGCUGGGUCCUUACAGCAGCACACUGCUUCAAGAGGUACGGUAACAGUACAAGGAGCUAUGCUGUUCGGGUUGGGGAUUAUCAUACUCUGGUGCCAGAAGAGUUUGAAGAAGAAAUUGGAGUUCAGCAGAUUGUGAUUCAUCGGGAGUAUCGACCUGACAGCAGUGACUACGACAUCGCCCUGGUUAGAUUAGAAGGACCAGAAGAACAGUGUGUCAGAUUUAGCAGCCAUGUUUUGCCGGCCUGUUUGCCACUCCGGAGAGAGAGGCCACAGAAAACCGCCUCCAAUUGUUACAUAACAGGAUGGGGAGACACGGGACGAGCCUAUUCAAGAACUCUACAACAAGCAGCCAUCCCCUUACUUCCCAAGAGGUUUUGUGAAGAACGUUACAAGGGUCGGUUUACAGGAAGGAUGCUUUGCGCUGGAAAUCUACAUGAACACAAACGUGUUGACAGCUGCCAGGGAGACAGUGGAGGACCACUCAUGUGUGUUCGGUCAGGAGAGAGUUGGGUUGUGUACGGGGUGACCUCCUGGGGGUAUGGCUGUGGAGUCAAGGAUUCACCUGGUGUCUAUACCAAAGUCUCAGCCUUUGUACCUUGGAUAAAAAGUGUCACCAAAUUGUAAUUCUUCACAUGGAAGCUUCAAGACAAAAUCCUGGAAAAUGUUCAACAUCCACAUUAGCACUCAGCCAGAGAUGCCAGCCAACGGAGAUGAGAGCCAUGUUCCUUCUUUUGUGUUGUGAUUAAAUCAUGUGCACCAUUGCUGCUUGA